GUAAUCUAUUCUGUGGGCCCAUGUACACAUGCCACUGACCUAAAAAUAACUAUUAGUGGUGUUCAAAAACAAUAGUCGUAUCUGACCUAAUUUGACCAAGUUCUCGCCUUCAAAUUGAAGAGGAGAAAUUCAGACUGGUAUGCUAAUAAUCUUAAUAAAACUUUGCAGUUUAUGCGAAAAGUGUUAACCAGUCUUACAAGCAUGUCACAACUCCCACGAAAUGUCAAAAUGACCUGUCAGUGUCACUGAAAUUAAAAAAAAAUAUACAUGACCCGCAAAGCAGGGAAGGACACUCGUUUAAGUUCCCCGCAAGUAAGAAGGUGAACUGAUUUGGAAUUCCAGGAGAAUUGCAGGAAGUGUCAUAGAGUCACAUUAGCAAUGCCAAGACAGCCUAGAACCUCUGCUAACAAAGGCAAAGCAAACCAGGUGAAAACAUCCCAGGAAGUUGAGGAAAAGAUUCCAUACAUUUCUGGUUAUAAGCGCCCUAGUGAAAAUGAUAGUAAAAAAGCUAUAGGUUUUCUUUCAGAAAUUCCUGUUGAGUUUGACCCAACACCAAGUAAAGAUAAUUGUGUGUUUUUUCCACAUUUACCAGACCCUACACAUGUUGACGACUGGUUAGCACAAUAUUGUGAGGAUGGACAAACAUACAAACAAUUUCUUAAAGAAUGUCCAUGGCUAUCUAGUCGAAAGAGAAAGUAUAUGUCUCAGGAGUUCAAAUCCUCAGGUCAAACAAUAAAAGACAAGUAUCCAGAUGGUAAAGUUUAUAUAGUUCCUAUAGGUGCUUUUGACGAGAAGGAUUCUAUGUUCUUCUCAAGCUUGAUAGAGUAUACAAGUAUAUUUCUUGGUCUACCAGUCCAAGCUUUGUCAAAAGUUAACUUAAAUGUUGAAGAUGGUAAUGUUUAUUGGGUAGAAAGUCCAAAAUCCAAAGUCAGUACAGGCAGAAGAAGCAGUCGAAGAGUAAAACAACAUCAAUUAACAAGUCGUUAUAAUCCAGACACUGGACAUUUACAAGUUUGCGUUGAUAGCAAUUUGAUGCAAUUACGUAACCUUAUACCCGAAGAUGCCAUUUGUAUGAUUGGAUUGACCCUCCUAGAUCUUUAUGGUGAAGAAAGUGAUUUGUUUGUAGCUGGAAUGGCUGCUGGUAAUGAACGCGUUGCUAUUUUUAGUUUAUAUCGCUAUGAUCCAUGCUUAAGCUUUUCUACUGAACAUUGGUUUCAAAUUGAAGAGGACGAGAAAAUAGCGGAGAAGGAGCGUUCACGCAUCACUCUACAGAGGGGAUGCAAGCUUCUUGUACAUGAGAUAUGUCAUUUACUAGGCAUAGAUCAUUGUAUUUAUUAUGACUGUUGUAUGAAUGGAUCAGGACAUUUGUCAGAGGACUUCAGACAACCAAUGCAUCUCUGUCCCGUUGAUCUACAUAAGCUACACACAUUGGUCGGCUUUGAUGUUCUAGAUAGGUACAAGGCGCUACUUCAGUAUUAUAAAAAGCAUGGUUUUAAAGAGGAGGAACAGUGGGUGCAGAAGAGAAUAAAAUUCAUUUGCCAUAAAUGAUAGUGGUAGAUUAAAUGCAAGACUACCUAAACAAGAAUAAACCUUGUUGUUCAAGACAGAUUGGAUUUUAAAUAACCAAUUGUCUAUAAAGUUUGGAUUUGACUUUUAUUUAUUUAAAAAUUUAUGUGCAAGCCAUUUUUAGCUCGACUAUUCGAUAAGAAUAAGUAGAGCUAUUGCAGUCACCCGAGCGUCGGCGUCGGCGUAACCACUUAUGUUAAAGUUUUUGUAAUAGUUCAAAUAUUUUCAAAGUCCAUUGACAUAUGGCUUUGAAACUUUGCACACUUGUUCACCAUCAUAACCCCAACCUGUAGACAGGAGGAGGUAACUCUAUCAAGCAUUUUGACAGAAUUAUGCCCCUUUUUCGACUUAGAAUUUACGUUAAAGUUUUUGUAAUAGUUCAAAUAUUUUCAAAGUCCAUUGACAUAUGGCUUUGAAUCUUUGCACACUUGUUCAACAUCAUGACCCCAACCUGUAGACAGGAGGAGGUAACUCUAUCAAGCAUUUUGACAGAAUUAUGCCCCUUUUUCGACUUAGAAUUUAUGUUAAAGUUUUUGUAAUAGUUCAAAUAUUUUCAAAGUCCAUUGACAUAUGGCUUUGAAACUUUGCACACUUGUUCACCAUCAUGACCCAAACCUGUAGACAGGAGGAGGUAACUCUAUCAAGUAUUUUGACAGAAUUAUGCCCCUUUUUCGACUUAGAAUUUACGUUAAAGUUUUUGUAAUAGUUCAAAUAUUUUCAAAGUCCAUUGACAUAUGGCUUUGAAACUUUGCACACUUGUUCACCAUCAUGACCCCAACCUGUAGACAGGAGGAGGUAACUGUAUCAAGCAUUUUGACAGAAUUAUGCCCUUUUUUCGACUUAGAAUUUACGUUAAAGUUUUUGUAAUAGUUCAAAUAUUUUCAAAGUCCAUUGACAUAUGGCUUUGAAACUUGGCACACUUGUUCAACAUCAUGACCCCAACCUGUAGACAGCAGGAGGUAACUCUAUUAAGCAUUUUGACAGAAUUAUGCCCCUUUUUCGACUUAGAAUUUACGUUAAAGUUUUUGUAAUAGUUCAAAUAUUUUCAAAGUCCAUUGACAUAUGGCUUUGAAACUUUGCACGCUUGUUCAACAUCAUGACCCCAACCUGUAAACAGGAGGAGGUAACUCUAUCAAGCAUUUUGACAGAAUUAUGCCCCUUUUUCGACUUAGAAUUUACGUUAAAGUUUUUGUAAUAGUUCAAAUAUUUUCAAAGUCCAUUGACAUAUGGCUUUGAAACUUUGCACACUUGUUCACCAUCAUGACCCCAACCUGUAAACAGGAGGAGGUAACUGUAUCAGGCAUUUUUUUUACUAUCAAGCACUAAGAAUAGUCGAGCAUGCUGUCCUACCGACAGCUCUUGUUUUAAAUCCAAAAUAGGAUAGUUUACAUGUGUUUGAUAUGUUUUGUUUUAAACCAUAUAUUUAUACAAAUCAUGUAUAUUUUAAAUUAUGUAUAAAUUUGCUUUUAAUUGGAUGAAACACCUUCUAUUUGUAUUCAUUAUAAUAACCUUUGAAUAUAAAGUCAGGUUUAUAUACAACAUUUGGUAUAUAUCUUAUAUUUUAUACAUAUGAAAAAAAGGUAUGUGUAUUUGCUUUACAGUGCAUAUUGAUAAAUGUGUAAUUAAUGUAUGAUAUUAGGGGAUAUAGAAAUGGUCUCCGUCUGUCCCUCUGUCUGUCUGUUGACUCGAAUAAAAAAUAUUUUUUUAGUAAAUAAGAGGCCAUUUAACUGUAAAUUGAAGAAAAGAAAACAAUAGUGUUCAUUAUGUAACAAAAGAAUAAGGGGCCAAUGUCUCUCUUUAGUAAACAAAAAAAAAAUAACAAUAGAAAUGGCCCCUUAAUAUAUGACUAACUGGUAGCAUGUCAGUCUAUGCAUCUGUCACACCUUGUGUCUGAGUUAUAACUCAGCCAUUCAUACAAAUGUUAACCAUAAGGAGACAAUGUGAUACGGUAUGUGCAAUACACAGAGUCAGACCUAUAAUAUCAAGUUCAAGGUCACAAUUGAAAAUCAAAGUUCAACAUUUUCUGUUGAAGGCUUUAAUAAUAAAUUUUGUGUUGGGUCCAUAACGGUUUACUUUAUCAAGGGAUUUUGAAAUAACUUGGCACAAAUGUUUACCAUAAUAUGGUGUUGUGUCAUGUGCAAAAUAAAAAAAACGUUUACCAUGAUUCAAAGAUGUGUCACAUGCAACACCCAUCCCUACUUCCAAUGUCAAGGUCAAAAUUGUAGAUCAAAUAUUAACAUGGUCUGUUUUUUUUUCUUGUCCAGAGAAUAACUCUUCAAGUGUUUAAAAAGUGAUUCAAGUGAAACUUCAAAUAUAAAUAGAUAACAGCGAAAGAGAGUGCACUAGAAGAGAACCAUAACUACCAUCAUUCUUAAAUAAUUUUCAAAUUGUCUCCCUUUAGAUACUUAUUUCAAUGAUGAAACCUGCUAAAUGUAUAGCUGUUGACACAUACACAGGAGUUAUUUCAGUUUAUAUCGAAUAUGAAAUUUGAUUGUUGUGUGUGCAAAUCUGGUAUUUAAUGAAUUAAGUCCAGAUUCAUGCCACAAACUUUUUUGGAUGGGGUGGGGGCAGGGCUCAUUGGAACACACAUGUGUAGAGCUUGCUUGUUUCAGUAUACAUUUCUGCAAUUUGAAAAAAAAAUGUAUGAAAGUGAAGAGGCU